AUGUUCUUAGCGACGCGUCAGUGGCUUCUUCUGGCAACAGCCGUGAGUCUUGUGCUGUUCCUGUGGUAUACCCAGCGGAUGUUGCUAUCUCAAGACCGAGAGACUUCGACGGUCUCGCUGCUAGCCCCGACACUGACACCGACACCAACACCAACACCAGCUCAGCUGGUCUCAACUACGCCUCAAUCUCCCGUACAGAGUGCAGGAAACAGCACCUUAGGUUUUCAAUCCAUCCUCACACUUUCCACUGGUCCUUCAUGGAGAACACGAGGAUUACUAGCGGCGGCAAGCCUUACGGGGUUGGAGAUCCAGAUUCCACCUCAGCCGCCGAUCAAUCCCACUCUUGUUCAUGCUUUCGAGCACCUAGGGCCUGACGAUGUCGAACACCCAAGCCAUGGUGCAAGUGUCGCCUGGCUGGCGCAUCUUGAUUUAAUAAAACACACCAUCCAAGCGAACCUAGACACAGUCCUUAUCAUCGAAGACGACGUAGACUGGGACGUGUCAAUCCGGUCGCAGAUGGUGCAAAUCGCGGACAGUGUACGCAACCUAACCCAUAUCGACAAUCUUGAUCAGGAUACCGCACCUUACGGUCGAGACUGGGAGGUCCUCUGGAUCGGCCAUUGCGGCGAGUACUGGGAAGAGCAGUUCGAAACGAUUCUAUAUGACGAUCCAACUGCGUGCCCACACAGCGACUAUUUCGGCUGGGCAAAGCCGUAUAUUGACCGUUUGCCGGAUCGCCAACGCGCCAUAUACCGCUCAGUUAAUCCCGUCUGUUCGUUUGCAUAUGCCCUAUCCCGAGAGGGCUCUCGGAAAGUAGUAGAACUGUUGGGCGGGGCGCAAGACGAGGCUUUCGAUGUGAGUAUGAUGCAUGCUUGUAAGGCGGGUCAACUCAAAUGUAUUUCGGUUGUGCCCGAGGUUGUUCAUCAGUAUUUUCCGGCCCAGUCGUUUGGCGUGAAAAGUGCUGUGGAUAUUGGCAAUGGUCAAACGCCGGGUCCCGAGGAAGCAGAAUUUGAACAUGUAAUGGGCUCGACGGAGAACAUCCUUGAAAGUGCCCGCUGCCGUGCGUUAUGGGGCCAACGGUGCUUGAGGAAGCAGUGA